GCAUUACGAGCCUCUAUAGUCCUCUACGAGAAUUGCAUCACUACACGUGAAGUCGGCCGCACGGCGUUUCCUCCUGAUUUCUCGCUGAAACACGCACCAGCUACCGCAAAAGAGCCGCAAUGCUGUCCGUCGGGAGACUGUUGAACCGUAGCUGCGCCAACGUCGCCAGGCAGCAACAAUUCAGUACGAUCCUGAAAAAUGUUGUAGCUCCAACAGUCAUUGUGCCACAGCGAUUUACCGAUUUGCAACAAUGUCGGUACAAGUCGGAGGGGGUAAAGGGCGCAGUUAUCGGUAUCGAUCUCGGAACUACUUUUUCAUGUGUAGCGGUGAUGGAAGGCAAGCAAGCUAAAGUUAUAGAAAAUGCUGAAGGUUCUAGGACUACUCCGUCUUACGUUGCAUUUACAAAAGAUGACGAGCGUUUAGUUGGCAUGCCCGCAAAGCGUCAGGCGGUCACAAAUUCCUCCAACACAUUCUACGCAACAAAACGAUUAAUUGGGCGGAGAUUUGAUGAUCCUGAAGUAAAAAAGGACAUGAAAAGCGUAACGUACAAAAUUGUGAAGGCAUCCAACGGAGACGCGUGGGUGCAAGGUUCCGAUGGGAAGAUGUACUCUCCUAGUCAAAUAGGAGCGUUCGUACUUAUGAAAAUGAAGGAGACAGCUGCAGCUUACUUAAAUACUCCGGUAAAAAAUGCUGUUAUUACUGUACCGGCGUACUUCAAUGACUCGCAACGGCAAGCCACAAAGGACGCUGGUCAGAUCUCUGGAUUGAACGUGCUCCGAGUAAUUAACGAGCCAACUGCGGCCGCACUUGCGUACGGCAUGGACAAGCAAGAGGACAAAAUCAUCGCUGUCUACGAUUUAGGCGGCGGUACAUUCGAUAUUUCGAUCCUCGAAAUUCAGAAGGGCGUCUUCGAAGUGAAGUCUACAAACGGAGAUACAUUCUUAGGUGGAGAGGAUUUCGACAAUGCGUUGGUCAAUUACCUCGUGUCCGAGUUCAAGAAGGAGCAAGGUAUAGACGUGACCAAGGACGCAAUGGCGAUGCAGAGACUAAAAGAGGCUUCGGAGAAGGCGAAGAUCGAGCUGUCGAGUUCGCUCCAGACGGACAUAAAUUUGCCUUAUCUCACCAUGGAUUCCAGUGGGCCGAAACAUUUGAAUCUUAAACUGUCGAGAAGCAAAUUCGAGAGUCUCGUGAAUGACCUGAUCAAACGUACCGUUCAACCGUGUCAGAAAGCGCUUUCCGAUGCGGAAGUGUCGAAGGCGGAGAUCGGUGAAGUUCUGCUGGUCGGCGGUAUGACCAGGGUUCCCAAGGUGCAACAGACGGUGCAGGAAAUUUUCGGCAGGCAGCCGUCGAAAGCGGUGAAUCCGGACGAGGCUGUGGCCGUCGGUGCCGCGGUCCAGGGGGGCGUACUCGCGGGAGACGUUACGGACGUUUUGCUUCUCGACGUCACGCCGUUGUCGUUGGGUAUCGAGACACUUGGCGGUGUGUUCACGAGACUGAUUUCCCGCAACACGACUAUACCGACGAAGAAGAGCCAGGUGUUCUCUACGGCGGCGGACGGCCAGACCCAGGUAGAGAUCAAGGUUCAUCAGGGCGAGCGAGAGAUGGCUACCGACAACAAACUCCUCGGGCAGUUCAGUCUCGUCGGUAUUCCACCCGCGCCAAGGGGAGUACCGCAGAUCGAGGUGACGUUCGAUAUUGACGCGAACGGUAUAGUGCACGUGUCCGCCAGAGACAAGGGAACUGGCAAGGAGCAACAAAUCGUCAUUCAGUCUAGCGGCGGCCUCAGCAAGGACGAAAUUGAAAACAUGGUUAAAAACGCGGAGCAAUACGCGAAGGCGGACAAGGUCAAGAAGGAGAGAGUCGAGGCCGUUAAUCAGGCUGAGGGAAUUAUACACGACACGGAAGCGAAGUUGGAGGAAUUCAAGGCACAGUUACCGCAGGACGAGUGUGACAAACUUAAGGAAUUGGUUGCAAAACUGCGAGAAGUUUUGGCCAAGAAGGAUGAAACGGACCCCGAGGAAAUAAAGAAACACACGAACGAACUUCAACAGGCAAGCUUGAAGCUGUUCGAGAUGGCGUACAAGAAGAUGGCGGCGGAAAGGGAGAACCAAUCGCAAAAUCAGUCGCAGCAGGAACCCGAAGGCGAGAAGAAGGAAGAGAAGAAUUAAUUACAAAUCAAUAGAUAAUCCACGCUCUGUAAAAAAAGAAAAGAAGAAAAAUUCCAAUUGCACAUACUUGUACAAGCAUUCGUUUUGCAAGCUUAAAGGAGCUACUUAUUUAAGUUACAAAAAAAAGAGGGUAAACUUAAUUUUAAUUUUAUUUGCAAUAACGAGUAAUAAAGCGAUUGCAAAUUUAGAAAACAGGAUAUCACAUUUACAGAGAGAGAGAGAGCAAUUUGAAUUAGCAUUGCUUGCUUUUAAUAGAUUUAACAACGAUUUAAUAGUAUUUAUAUGUAAGCAAUUUUGCGUUCUAAAUAUUGUGCAAAAUUACAUUUUGUUUCCUUGUUAAAAAUUCGAGUAGCUCUGCAUGUAAGUUGUAACCCCCAUAACGGAUGAUGACCAGCUCUUGCAUCGCGAAGCAUCCGGCACGUUAAUUUCUACGCGAAGCGAUAAAUUGUACAUAGUUGAUCGCUUGUAUAAUAAUAUGUACGUUUGAUGCGAGUCGAUGGUCAUUCUUGCAGCCUACAGACCGUGCGCGAAAGACACGCCGAGAUAUAUUGUUCGCAAUUAUAUGAUAAUUGUAGGACGAUUUGUACCAAAAACGAGGUGGAAGUGAGAUUUACUAGCGAUUCCACGUCACGAUAUCUUGCUAUAGUGAAACGUUAUGUAGCAACGUUCAAAAUGAAUGAAUGCGCGAUGAGAAUCGAGAACUGUGAGAGUGAGAUGAAUGUUUUUUUGUGCAGACAAGUUUAUUCUACAGAUGAUACAUAAUACACACGAGUUGUUGUAGAGAACAUUGUUAUGUCGCAUGUAGUCAAUUUACCUGACCUUUUUUAAGUAUCUUAGAGAGAAGGACAUCACUUUAUGGUUGCUCAUUCUGUUAUUCAAUAAAUCUUAAGAUCUUAAUAAUA